AUGGCAUCGGCCGUCUGGUCAUUCGUCUGGCCGCUCCUCUCCAGCUAUCGUCCUAACUGGGCGAGCUACAAGCAGAAGGACGCCAAAGCCGCGCGCUUCGGCGCAUUCACCGCGACGUACUUCCCGCCUGUUGUGCACCGCGCACCAAAAAACAACAGAGAAGCCCAGAGGAUGUACAACCAUAUCCGUACCGUGGCUUUCUACCUUGACGCCAUCCCCGUCGCCGCAGACCUGAACCUUCCUUUCAACCUGAAGUUCGGCCUCGACGACCUCAUCUCCCUGAUCCCGAUCUGGGGUGACCUCGUCUCCGGCCUGCUGCAGCUGUACCAGGUCUUCCUGUGCUGGGUGUUCGGCGUGCCGACCUACCUCCUGAUGCGCAUGGUGCUGAACGUCAUCAUUGACGUGCUCGUCGGCAUUGUGCCCUUCGUGGGCGACCUGCUCGACAACCUCUUCAAGUCCAACCUGAAAAACCUGAACCUGCUCGAGUCCUGGCUCCUCGGCAACAACAAGUACCAGAUUCUCCUCAUGCCCGACAACACGUGGAUGCCGCGCCCGAAGUCGAACGGCUCCUGGUUCGGCAUGGGCGGCUCGUCCAAGCGCAAGGCGCAGGAACACCGUUCUGGCCGCGUGAACAAGACGCGCCGCAUGACCAAGGCUGAGGCAAACUGGUCUUGGGAGCACGUUGAGGAGGCAGGCGACAACGCGUACUACAAGGCCGAGGCGCGUGUCGACGAGGAGCUCUAG